AAAAUUUACUUCCUGAAACUGAACUGGGGGUUGACGAUAUUUUGAUUUAGUGGUAGCCUAUGUUCAGUAAUAUAAAUGUAACUGUUGUGUAAAGCGCUACCUUCUCCCCUUUUGCACAAUACAGGCUUGCAUGAUUUAACUUUAAUACCAACCAGGGUGUGACCGUUAUAUCUCUGCUAAACUACAUCUGUCUUGUGUUUCCAGCAAGUAGGCUAGCUAUUGUGGCUAAUUCUACCAACCUCCAUAGCUUUAGCAAGGAAUUAUAGCUAUAGGAUAUAGAUUUAUCGGUUUGUUUCCGUUCUAAAAAGUACCAAAGCCCCUGCGUGACUGCUUUCCAACACAGACAGAGUCAAGUCAUGAGUGCUGAAGACCCAAAUCCAGCCGCCACACCCACUCCCUGUGUGGACAACCAGGGAGAUGGACGAUGGAUGUCUCUGCACAACCGCUUUGUGUCUGACAGCAAGGAUAAAGAACCUGAUGUCCUGUUUGUUGGAGACUCUCUUAUUCAGCUCAUGCACCAGUUUGGGAUAUGGAGGCAACUGUUCUCUCCUCUCCAUGCCCUUAAUUUUGGGGUGGGUGGUGAUGCAACACAACAUGUGCUUUGGAGACUGAGCAACGGUGAACUGGAUAACAUCAGCCCAAAGGUUGUAGUGCUGUGGGUUGGCACCAACAAUCAUGGGCACACAGCAGAACAGAUCUGUGGAGGCAUCAUGGCUAUCAUCCAAGUCAUCAAGAACAAGCUCCCUCAUGCCCGCACGCUUGUACUUGGAUUACUGCCCAGAGGUAAAUUGCCAAACCCUCUGCGGGAGCGAAAUGCCAAUGUGAACAUGCUGGUCCAGGAGGCCGUAUCGUCCCUCCCCCACGCCUCUUUCCUCAGUGUGGACCCUGGCUUUGUCCACUCCAAUGGUAGCAUCUCCCACCAGGACAUGUACGACUACCUCCACCUGACUCCCCAGGGCUACCAGGCUGUGUGUGAACCCCUGCACGCUCAUCUCAAGUCCAUGUUAGAUAAACCUGCAGAGAACUGAGCAACCAGGGCACAAACUUACACUACCGCAGUGGUCCUCGCCCCUGUUUCCAGAGAGCAUCGCACUCAUCUUUUUAAGACCUUGAAUGAUGGAUAGAAUCAAUUAGUAAGGUCUAAGGGCUGCUCAAACUAUUUGUGCAAGUCCUCUCCAUGGCCAGGGUUGGUGACCACUGUUACAGGUAAUGGAACCGUAAAGUUUUUGGUGUUUAUGAUGCAGUCAGAAAUUAAAUGUGCUGUACUAUAGAGAGACAAAGUCCUCCUUCAAUUCCCACAUAAACAUCUGUUCCACUAGCUUUCGCCUCUAAAAGAUUUUUUCAACCGAAGGAUUAUUUCAUUUGUACGCCACUUGAUACAAGGGUUGAAUAUGAUAAGGGGAGCUCUGUGCGUCAACAGUCAGGACAAUGAAGGGAUGAUAUCUGUAAUAUGUAAAUAAAUCCAGAUGUCCAGUGGUUAUGAAUAAAGCUUUUAAAAAGAUGCAGUAACUUUUUACUCUAACAAAGACAUGCUGUAGGUUAAAACAUUAGUUGCUGCACUUUAUUUAAACCUUUAUUUAUAACUGUGUGCUGUGCAGCUACAGCUCUUGUGAGUCUAUCAAAGCAGCUUGAUUGACCUUAGAAUAUGGACAGACACCUGCUUUUUAGAACAAACCUUCUAUGGCAAAAUAUACUGUCCGACUGAGGCUACUGGAACAGGAUUUAUCUGGUAAAGGGUGCGAGACUGUGGCUCUUCACAUGCCAGGACAUGACUGAUUAGAAAAAAAAAAAUUAAAUAAAUAAAUAACAAGAUACAAGAAUUGCCCUGACAGAGAAAUUCCUGUAAUUUGUCAUUUUGGUUUCUCAGUUUCACUAAGUUCCGUUUAUUUGUCAAUAGCUUUAUUUACUCUUUUGUGAUGUCUUAUGUCUUUUGUACAUUUUACUUUGAAUGACCAAAUGUGUCAUUGACCAUUACUGUCUACUUGCUUAUCAUGUCACAUGUUACUUCAUUAUUGUCCUUGUACCUUUUUGCUUCACCCAAUGUAAUAGCAACAGAUUUUUGAUGUGAGAGGCCGUGUUUAGUUAAACAUGGGUAUGUUUGAGCAGGUUGUAAAGUCAUAUUGAUACAUCUACAGUUGCUUGUGCUUCAGGUUCAAUCUUGUGUGUGACAUAAUGGCCCAUUAGGCUAAAUCUAAAACAUUUUACUUCACACUAAUAUUCCUCUGAAUUAUGUUUCAGGGUGUCUGAUUGUGUAAGUGAUGAAAGAAUGCAUUAAACACAAAGACAAAAUGG